UGCACAAAGUGUGCAACGACAGAAAGCGAUCUGAAAACAGUACACAGAGGAAGUACUGUAGCUUGUGAUUAAAACGUUUGUUUUCUGAAAACAUUUUGAUAUAUCCUGUAUAAACUGUAUUUAAAUAUACAGAACGGACCAGAGUAAAACAAGGAAUGGAGGAUGAAAAUGAGGCGUUUUAUCGAGACCUUCCGAAAGUGGAGCUGCACGCACACCUCAACGGCUCUGUCAGCGUACCCACCAUGGAGCGGCUCAUCGCCCGGAAACCCCACCUCAACGUCCAGCACAGCAUGACGGCCAUUCACAAGGGCCAGCGCCGGACUCUGGACGAGUGUUUUCACAUGUUCAGAAUAAUCCACCAAUUAAUUGACAGCGAAGAAGAUCUUUUUAUGGUUACCAAAGAUGUGGUAAAGGAAUAUGCACUGGAUGGAGUGAAAUACUUGGAGCUGAGAAGCACACCCCGCGAAGAGAAGCAUACAGGUCCUUGUAAAAGGAGCUUUUAGUAUUUUAAAAUUUGACUGAAUUGCCUAUUUUAUAGAUUUUUAGUGGCCAUUGACAGGAGGAACGGCCCUGAAGUUGCCAUGGAAACUGUCAAAAUGGCCGAAGACUUCAUGCUGUCCAGUGAUGGGCUGGUAGUUGGGUUGGACCUCAGUGGAGACCCAACAGUGGGCCAUUGCAGAGACCUCAUGCCUGCUCUGCAGAAAGCCCGGAGUGCUGGGCUGAAGCUGGCUCUGCACCUGUCUGAGGUGCCCACCCAGAGGGAGGAGACAGAGCUGCUCCUGACCCUGCCCCCUGACAGGAUUGGCCACGGCACCUUCCUGCACCCGGAGGUGGGCGGGUCCCAAGCGCUGGUGGACGCGGUGAGACAGGGCAACAUCCCCCUGGAACUGUGCCUGACCUCCAAUGUCAAGGGCCAGACCGUCCCUUCUUAUGAGAAGCAUCACUUUCAGUACUGGUACCGCCUGGGCCACCCCUGCGUCUUGUGUGCGGAUGACAAGGGCGUCUUCGGUACUGACCUGUCCCAGGAGUACCAGCUGGCCGCCUCCACCUUCGGCCUGAGCCAGGAAGCUGUGUGGACGCUGUCAGAACAGGCCAUCGGGUGCAUCUUUGCCCCGGAGUCCGUCAAGCAGGAACUGAAGCAGAAGUGGGCUGAUCUUCGCCCAUGUAUCCUCAAAUGACUGUAUUUUUAAUACAGAGAUUUUUUAAAUAGCAUUAAACGUUUCUGCACUGUGCUUAUUCACAUCA